AUGAUUUUUUUUUAUCCUUCCUUAAAUUUCUAUUUGUUUUUAUUUAUUAGUAUUAUUGAAUUUACCCUUUUAUAUACCAGAGAAGUGAAUAAAUGGAGAGGUGCAAUUUUUGCGACACAUAAACCUUCUUCUUCCGUAUAUAAUAAAAGAAAUAAAUAUAAAAAAUUAUAUAUCUUAUGUAAAUAUAAUUAUUUAAAAAAUGUUAAGAGUAAAAAGAAAAAGUUCUAUGUUGAAAAAAUUAAAGAUUUUGUUUCAUUAAUAGGUGGAGAAGUUAAAAUUAAUCAUGGAACGUUCAAAGAUUGUCAUGGUGUUAUUUUAGAUAUAAAAAAAACACAAAAAGAUGAAUAUGAAUUUCUAGUUGUAAUUAAUCAAAAUGAGUUAGUAAAAUAUCCAAAAAAUAUUUUAAAAAAAUUUGGAAAAAGUUAUUGGUUUAAUAUUAAAGAAUUACAAAUUCAAAAAAUUAAAAAUUCUUUUUUUAAUAAUUAUAAUAAUUUUUAUAGUAAAAAAGAACAACCUCAAAAUAAACAAGAAAAUAAUCUGAAUAAUAUAAAAGAACAAUUAAAUAAUAUUCAUGAAAACCUUUUGUUACAAUAUGGUCAUGAAAUAAAUGGAGACGACUUUUUCAUGGAUCCCUUGGAUGACUUCACUUCAAAAGGGGAUGCACAACCAAAUAUUGAUCAACCUAUAAAUAAAGAUAUACAAAUGGAUGGUGAUGAUAAUAAAAACGUUUGUGAAGAUAUAAAUAAAGAUAUACAAAUGGAUGGUGAUGAUAAUAAAAACGUUUGUGAAGAUAUAAAUAAAGAUAUACAAUUGGAUGGUGAUGAUAAUAAAAACGUUUGUGAAGAUAUAAAUAAAGAUAUACAAUUGGAUGGUGAUGAUAAUAAAAACGUUUGUGAAGAUAUAAAUAAAGAUAUACAAUUGGAUGGUGAUGAUGAUGAUGAUGAUGAUAAUAAAAACGUUUGUGAAUAUAUACAUAAAGAUAUACUUACGAAUAAUGAUAAACAUGUUAAGAAUUCCUCUAACUACGAACUAAAAAAGAAAAAGAAGGAAAAAAAAAGUUGUGAGGAAAUUUUUCUAAAUGAAGAAAUGUCUGAUCUUCAAUCCUUAAAAAAUUGCUACAUGAAAGGAGAUAGAAUACACAUACGUAGUAAUUUUUGUUAUAGUAUUAUAAAAAAGAUAGAAAGGAACUAUAUAUAUGAAGAUUUACUUAAUUUAUAUAAAGAGAAAAGACAUGUUUCCAAUAUGGUUGUAUGCUUUUAUAUAUUAAAACAAUUAGUAAAAAUUUAUAAUUUUGAAAAAGAGGAUAAAUAUUUUCAUGAUUUAUUUUUAAAAAAAGUUAUACAUAACAAUAUUUUUGAAACCAUUUUAUUAGAUAUAAAAUAUUUUUUAGAAAAAAAAGAAAUUUAUAGAAUCGUAGAUAAAACAUGGUUAUUAUGGAUUUUAAUUAAAUUAAAUAUUCAUAAAGAAGAAAAAUAUAAAGAAAUAUUUCAACACAUUUUAUGUCAUUUAGUUGAAUAUAUACAUUUUGAUAUUUUAAAAAAAUUAAAUACAAAAAGUUUAUGUGCUAUUUUAUGGAGUCUAGCAAAAUGUUCUUAUUUUAAUUUUAAAAUAUAUAAAAAAAUCUUAUAUUUUUUACAAAAAUAUAUUUCUAUAUUAACUUGUCAUGAUAUAUCUAAUAUAUAUUAUUCUUUAUCAUUAGUAAAUUAUAAAGAUAAUUUCUUUUUUGAUCUUCUUGAUAAAGAAAUACAAAAGAAAAUUAACAAAUUCCCUAUACAAAGUCUUAUGAAUAUAAUAUGGGCUAUGACAAAAACCAAAAGAAAUAAUUCUGCAUUUAAAUUAAUAAAAGAUAAAUUAUUAUUUUUCUCAACCAAUCUAGAUAUAAGAAAUAUUAGCCUAUUUUUAUGGUGUCUAAAUAAAAAUCAUUAUUAUAAAGUUAAUAUUAAUUUUAAAGGGAAAAAUUUUCAACAUUUAAACAUUAAACAAGCUAUGCAAUUAUUAAUCUUUUUUAAUUAUAAUAAAAAUAAAUAUGUAGAAUAUCUUAAAUAUGUAUUAAACUUUCUUUUACAAAAUAUUCAUGUUUUAAAUAAUCAAGAAAUUUGUUUUCUUACCUAUUCCUUAGUAAAAUUAAAUUUGUUAAAAAAAACAUUCCCAAAAAUUAAACAACAUAUAUUACAAAGAAAUAUAAAAUAUUUUAAUAUUAUAGAUAUUAAUAUGUUAAUAUUAUCUCUAAAUAAUUCAAAUAUAUAUGAUAAAUCGUUAUUAACUUAUUUAUUACAAUCACUAAGAAAUAUACUCAAUCAAAAUAUUCAUAUAACAAUAAAUAAUAAUAAUAAUAAUAAUAAUAAUAAUAAUUAUCACAAUGAUAUAUUGUUAAAAAAAACUUUCAAAGAAAAAGAAAAUUGUACCAAUUUGAAUUUCAUUAUGAAAAAUUUAUCAGAGAUGAAAUUAUAUGAUCAAACUAUUCUUUUAAAAUAUGUCUUUUUUUAUUCUAAUAAUAUCAAAAAUAUUUCCCUUGACGAUCUUGUUGAUUAUUUAUUUUACACAACAUCAGUAUAUUAUCCACAUAACACAAACAUUUCAAAUGAUUCAAAAGAGAAAUAUAAAAAUGACAAUAAAAAAGUUAUAAAUAAUAAUAUGUACAACGAGAAUAUGUUUAAUGAUGAUGUCUUUUAUGAAAAGGUAUAUUCCCGUUUAAUAAUAAACAAUGAUGAUAUAAUAUUACGAGAACAAAACAUGCGAAAUAUAUAUCAUCACUAUUUAAAUAAAAUUGUUUUAUUUUUAAAAGAAAAAUUAAAACAAUUUGAAGCUCAGUCAUUUCUUGAAUAUUUUAAUUAUCAAAAUCUUGAACCUCAACAAAAUGAAAUAACGGAAAAAUAUUCAAAAAAAAAUGACACCUUCACUUUUAAUUAUAGAAUAGAAAAAGAGGAAGAAGAAGUUAAAAAGUUAAACGAACUUAUUUUAGAUAAACAAAAUGUGGAACCACAAAAUCAUUUACAAAAUAAUAUUUCGAAUGAGGAAUUUUAUUCCUUUGUAAAUGGAAAUGACGAACAAAAUGAAACAAGUGAGAAGCUUGAAAGUAAUGAUAUAAAUGAAAAAUGUGAUAAUGUAGUAAAAAAUAAUUAUAUAAAUGAAAAAUGUGAUAAUGUAGUAAAAAAAACUGUACAUUUUAAAUCUCUUAAUUCAUUAAUACAUUUAUUUUAUUCCUUUUCAUUUAUGAAUAUAUUUGAUAAAAAAAAAAUCGAUUUUUAUUUCGAUAAUUUAUAUACAGUAAUCAAUACAAAGAAAAAGGAAAUGACAGCCUAUCAGUGGCUUUUAAUUAAAGACCUCAUAAAUUUAUCAAAUAUAAAAAAUAAAUCACAAUGGCAUAUGUUACUCGAUAAAGUUCAUACAUAUGUUAAUAAUGAUGAUGAACUUGAAAACCAGAAAUUCGAAACUAUAAAUAUAGAUAUCUAA